AUGCCAUCGAAUAACUUCGCACUCUCUUCCGUUCAUUAUCCAAUUUUGGAGAUCUUUUAUUCGCCAUAUUCGGAUGAGAUUAGCAGUCUCGGAUGGCUCUCACAAAAAGCAUUGUUGCAUGUAGCCGAAAAUAAUAAAACUGGUAAAUUCAAUAUGCUGUGCUACAGGUGCACACGGUUGAAAUGCAGUCAAAUAGCAACAAGGGAUAGUUUGGCAGGUAGUUGUGUAAGUUUCCAACAGGUAAACGUGAAGUCAAAAACUUUAUUUGGUAUUGUGUUGGAUGAAAUGUGA